CCUGGCGCUAACAAAGGGAGCCGGCUGCCGGCCGGCGUGGGCUCGGAGCGGGCGGAGCAGCCACAGCCUCCGCGGCCGAGAGCGCGGCGAGCAGGGGUAGAGCCAACUGUGCAGAGCCCUGCAGCCAGGAGCAGCCACAGCUGGGACAAGCAGUGGAUGUCAUGGAGCCCAGCUGAAAUGGACUGGCCCCCUUGAGCUUGUCAUAAUCCUUGGUCCCAGGUUUCCAUCCCAGUGCUGAGGAGGAAGGAGAGGAGCCAGAAAGAAGCAGAACACUGUACCCAUGGAAGGCAGCGCCAGAGGAGGCAGUGGAGGAUUUCCAGAGAGGAUGGCUGGCAGUGCCAAACCCUGCAGAGCUAUGUGGCCUUUGGAAAAUCACUUGAUUACUCUGAGUUCCAGCUUUCUCAUCUGUAAAAUAAUCAACCUACAGAGUCACUCAGAAGAUUUAAAAUAAAAAGGAAAGCACGUGGCACAGCACUCUGUGAUACUUGCAGUAACGGUGAUGGUGAUGACAGUGAUCACAGUGGCAGAGGACUACGAGGCUCUGUUCCGCACGCUGCUGCCUGCAGGUCUCGCUUCCGUUUUCCUAGCCGCGAGGGACAAAUGAGCACACCGGUUUUGCCACAAAUCACCAGCACUGGAUGUUUUUUGAUCAUCCUGAGAAAAAUGAGCCUUGGCCUCCAGAUCCAAUAAAGCAAACCUCCCUCCCAUGGAGCACAGUGCUAGUUCCUGAGGACCUGGAGGGGGAGUAGCCACAAGAAGGCUUGUUUUCCUACUCAGAACGAAGUGGCUUCUCUGAACACAUCUUCAUUAUGAUUCACACUAGCCUGAAGAAAAAAUUCAGCUGCUGUGUCCUGGCCUUUCUCCUGUUUGCAGUCAUCUGUGUGUGGAAGGAAAAAAAGAAAGGCAGUUACUAUGAUUCCCUUAAACUGCAAACCAAGGAAUUCCAGGCGUUGAAGAGUCCGGAGAAACCAGCCACGGGGUCUGAUUCCCAGUCUGCGUCCUUGAGCAGCACCCAGGACCCCCACCGGGGCAGACAGGCCCUCAGCAGUCUCAGAAGCCCAGCCAAGGCCAAGCCAGAGCCCUCCUUCCAGGUGUGGAACAAGGACAGCUCUUCUAAAAACCUUAUCCCCAGGCUGCAGAAGAUCUGGAAGAAUUAUGUAAAUAUGAACAAGUACAAAGUGUCCUACAAGGGGCCUGGGCCAGGCGUCAAGUUCAGUGCAGAGGCCUUGCGCUGCCACCUCCGGGACCAUGUGAAUGUAUCCAUGGUGGAGGCCACAGAUUUUCCCUUCAACACCUCUCAGUGGGAGGGUUACCUGCCCAAGGAGAACAUUAGGACCAAGGCUGGGCCUUGGGGCAGGUGUGCUGUUGUCGCCUCAGCGGGAUCUCUGAAGUCCUCCCAGCUGGGCCGAGAAAUAGAUGAUCAUGAUGCAGUCCUGAGGUUUAACGGGGCACCCACAGCCAACUUCCAACAAGAUGUGGGCACGAAAACUACCAUUCGCCUGAUGAACUCUCAGCUGGUCACCACAGAAAAGCGCUUCCUCAAAGACAGUUUGUACAACGAAGGAAUCCUAAUUGUGUGGGACCCAUCUGUAUACCAUUCAGAUAUCCCAAAGUGGUACCAGAAUCCGGACUAUAAUUUCUUUAAUAACUACAAGAGCUAUCGUAAGCUGCAUCCCAACCAGCCCUUUUACAUCCUCAAGCCCCAGAUGCCCUGGGAGCUGUGGGACAUCCUCCAGGAAAUCUCCCCAGAAGAGAUUCAGCCAAACCCCCCAUCUUCCGGGAUGCUUGGUAUCAUCAUCAUGAUGACUCUGUGUGACCAGGUGGAUAUUUACGAGUUCCUCCCAUCCAAGCGCAAGACUGAUGUGUGCUACUACUACCAGAAGUUCUUCGACUCUGCCUGCACCAUGGGCGCCUACCACCCACUGCUCUUUGAGAAGAAUUUGGUGAAGCACCUCAAUGAGGGCACAGAUGAGGACAUUUACCUGCUUGGAAAAGCCACACUGCCUGGCUUCAGGACCAUUCGCUGCUGAGCACAGCCCCCCAACCAGGCCUCUCACUCUUCUCCAUCAGGCAUCUUGUGGCUGGUCUUUUGGCCACCCCAGCCUGGAAAGACCAUUUUCCUGAAUAAUCCCAGCCUGCUCCUCAAACUCUAAGGGCUCAUGUCAGCAAGAGCUCUGGGGCUUCAGGAGCCUGAGGGCAAGGAACCAGGCUUAGCCUUCCCUGUAUUCACAAAGAGGGUGUGAACCUCCACACACAUGCACACACACUCAGCAUUCUUUCCAGACAGCAUCCUUCCCCACUUCCACACAGGUAGAUGCAAGAUCCACCUUUCUCUCCAGGACUGCCAAUGCUGGGCUUUGUUUUUCCCAACUCAAUAAUGUCAUUUUCACAAACUAAUGCUCUAUAUUGUUUGAAAUCUAUAUCUAGAUAUUGACAUCAUGUUUUAAAGAAACUCUCCCAAAUUAUGAUUGUGCCCAAUGCAGGGUAGCACUGGUGGGAGAGUAAGUGGUAGAGGGCAUUGGAAACAUGCUCAACCCCUCUAAAAUAAAGUUGCUUCCAAGGUCCCUACUCCCGGGACAUGUUCCUAUCGCUGAGGCUGGUUGGGCUUAUCCUUACCCUGGGUGCUUAUGAGCAAAGGGUCUUGAUUAGUCCACCUUCCGUCUCCAUGUGGAGAUGAAAGAUACACAGAGAUACAGUCUCUGUCUUCAAUGUCAGUGGGAGAGGCAGGCAGUUAGGAUUCAGUGUGGUCAGUGCACUGGGGGCUUGGAGAGAGAGGGCUUGCUGUCCGUAUGCCCAGGAGGGCCACAUAUCUACUGCAUCUGUGGGUCAUAGGAGGCUUCACAGAGCUGGGGGCAUUCGAGUGAGUCUCAGAGAAAGAGGAGAAACAUGGCAAGCAGAUUUUGUCUAAGUCAUUUGAAUUAUAUUUUCCUUUCCGUAUUUAUUCUCAAAGACCUGCCUGAACUUAGAGGCACAAGAUACUUUUGAGGAAGCUCCUUACCCAUGUCUGAGGUAGUAAGUGCAGCCCCACAGCUAAAUCCCCAAAACCUGCUUUCUCAGGUGCGGCCUAGACUGACCCUGUCCUGCCAGCUGCAUUUGCGCACUGUACUCCAGCUCAUCCUUAAUGCCAAACUCAAAUCUCCUAACCACAACCUUUUUCCCCCUCAUUUAAAGUAGUCUCCCCAUCCCAAAUAACUUUUAAACAUUUUCUGCUUUAAAAGGAUUCUGACUCCAAUUUUUUUGACCUCUUGGGCCUUCUGUGGAGGGUCUCUCAGGGAGUAGGGGUGCAGGUCCCUAGGAUUUACAUCACUCUCAGAGGUCAGAGCCUCGGAGUUCAUAACUGAUUCUCACCAAGUGUGAGGUGUGCGAUAUCAGAUUUUCAUACCCUCCACCCCUCUCUGCAAGGAAACAACAUCAGAGUCUCCAGGCAGGGUGGCUCACUGUGGCAUACCAGCAUGCUCCCCAGAUGGUUUUGCUAAGUCCUCUCCCUGGGUAGGAAACUCCGCUGGACAGGUCUAACUCCUGGUGUGGGGAGGUUAAGUGACUUGCUCAAGGUCAGAAAGUAAUGCUGCAGGGCCAGGGCUCCUAGACCCAGGCCUCUGCACUCUCCUGGCUGGCCCCACAUGCUUAAGGGGAUCUAAUGUUUGAUCUCCAGACCAACACCACCCUAGAGCUGGGACACUCAUUUACUGCCAAACCCUUGGGAUAUGUAGACAGUACAAACAGGCCUGGAGUGAGAAGAGCUGGGUUUUCAAACUGACGCUACCCUACUUACUAGCUGUGUCAGUUUGGGCGAAUUCUCUUCCCUGAGCCUCUAUUUCCACAUCUGUAAAAUGGGGUGAUGAUCCUACCUCACAGGGCUGUUGUGAGGAAUACAUGAAAGCCCCUGUCCUAGCUCUGUACCUGGCACAUAGUAGGUGCUCAGUACAUGCUGGUUUCCUUCCUUCCUUUCUUAAGCACCUGCUCUGUGCUCACACCUGGGCUGGACCCUGCUGUGAGGGAGGCUGGGGGGAGGAGGUCCUGUCCUCAGGGAGACAACAACUACCCCACCUGAAACACCCAGGAAACCAUCCGAGGCAGUGGACAAUCUAGAAUGUGGUCCUCCUCCUCCCUGCCUGCAGCUCAAGUCAGAUUCUGCUUGGGAAUGAGCAGAGCCCUUGGGCUGCUUAACUGCUGUAUAGGAUGAGUCCUUUGCCCUUUCUCUGGGCCCAUUAAUUCCUCGCUUGAUUUAUGUUCUGAUUUGACACACUCAUUGUCAUCUUUGACUCAUGACCACUGAGUGCAGAGGACGGUGGGAUCCUGUCAGCAGGAGAUACAUGUUGGUGUGGAGACUGAGUCUACACUGGGUAGAUCUAGUUUUUAAUUGUUAUUAUUAAUAUAAGCAAUCAAAUUAAUUUAAAUAUGAUUCUGAAGUCUACAGAACGUUUAGUUCUGUGCUUUCCAUACAUGGAAACUUUGGUAAAAUGAAAAUAAGAUGUGUAUGUUAUUGUUGGUCUGGUGAGAUGUUUAAUAUUUGUGACAGGUAAUUUAUAAAUUACAAGGGAAUGCUGCCUCUAUCUGCAUGAGGUUCUCUGUCUUCUUCAAGAGUCAUCUCCUUGUCCUGUAUCAUGGGGUCCUCUCUAACCGUUCCACUAAUCAAUAAGCUAUUGCUAUUGGUUUGAAGCUGAGACAUUAAUCUCAGAAACUUCUGGAACAUUCCUAAGCUAAUUCUGAAUUACCCAAAGAUUAUGUAAAAUUUUGAAAUAAAUGUGUGGUUUUUUUUUUUUUUU